AUGGAACCCAUCGUGCCUCCCUCAAUUUUACUUGCUAAGAGUUGGGACAACCUACCAGAAAUAAAUUUAUGUAUAGAAUCAAUCAAAAAUAAUGAAAAUUUAAAACAUCAAAACAAAAUUGAAGAUGCCAACUUCAUGAAAAUCACUUUAGUGGGUUGUUAUAAUACGAUUGUUCCGUAUGAUGAUAAAUUUGUUUACACCGCGGCUUCAAAGUUGCCUUUGCAGAAUGAUAUGCACACUGGAAUUUUUACAUUUAGCCGCGGUUAUAAAUUACCCAAAAGAUUUAGUCAUUUAUCCUUUUACCCCCACUGGGAGAGUUUACGACUAAGUGAUGACCCGUUUUCAAAUGGAAACAAAAAAAUGCAAAUCAAUGCAACAGAAAUGCAAAAUGAAAAUAAUAUAGACUUCAGAUUGUGUUUUAAUAAAUUGAAACAUACUGUUAUAUGGGGCUCUUUCCAUCGAACUUUAAUCUUAAAAGAUACAGAGAAAUGGCUCUAUAACCACCUGCGUAGAUAUCAGUGGCCAAUGGAAAUAAAUAUCUAUGGAGAAAGUCAUGGCUACCAUUUAAUGGGUUUUCUUGAUCUAUUUAAGCUACUUUAUCCAGGAGAAAAAACUGUCCAUUUGGUGAUUCCCUUACAAUGGAUGGAUAGAGACAGUAUGAUGAGAAAAUGUGGAUGUGAACCUCUUCUCGCUAACAAUGAAAAAGUGUCUUCUACUAUAAUUCAAAAAACAAGCAAACCAACGCCAGAAUCAGCUAAUUUAUUAAUAGACACAGCACCAACAGCGAGCCCUACGGGCGCAGACGGGGGUUCUGCCUUCGUUAUUGUAGAAGUAACUCUGGCUAAACCUUUCAUGCAACCCGUUAUACCUCCGCAUAUAUCUGAGUUAGAUAUAAAUAAAAUGCUAGAAGAAAUAGAAAAACAGCGCAUUAAGCGAAAAUGUACAGGGCGCGGCCAACUCGAGUACAACUGGCAAGCUACUGUACAAAAUGCUGCAAACUCUUUACGGCGUGUACCUUACUAUGGUAUUGUUAACAACACAUUAAAACCACGAAACCAAGUAUUAUCU